AUGACUAACAAUGCCGCCAGGGAUAAAUACGUCGAUCUGAGCAGCCAUGACGCUGCAAAUUCCCAAACUACAAUCUCGACCAGAAGACGGCACUCUGACUCCUUCUACGGAUUCAUUUUCCAAUCACCCACUCACUCACGCCCGACUCCUCGGAUAGCGGCGCUCAAGCUUGAGAGGUCAUCGAAGUCCGCAACCGAGGUUCGCAUGGAGGCCAUCAAAGAGGCUUUAGUGCAAUAUGGCGCGGCUAUAGGGAGAAUCAAGGACGCCGGAGGCUGGGCAAGCCUGGCUUUUGCCAGCUCAGGGGUCUACAGAUUCUGCAAUCAUCGGACAAAACUCGCGCUUACACGAAUGGGUGGUAACGGAGAACGGGACAUCAGUCUUGUCCCUCUCUGUAACGUACCCUCAUAUUCCGGGAGAUUUUAUUUUUUUCAAUUUAUCGACGAGUCCACAUGGGACAGAGAUAUCUUUGGCGACGAAGACCCACGUCGAGUACUAGAUAUAUGGAUCCGCAUACUUUCCGGCGAUGCCAUCUGUAUCAAUCCGAUAACGUGCAGGUCAAUCGCUGCAGAUCUUGAACGUGGAACUACCAUUGGCGAAUACGUCGGCUAUAUUACGACCGGGAUCGAAGGCAUGGACGUGAUGGUAGCAGAUUCACAAGAACGGCCGUACCAAAUAUAUCAAGGCCACAUGGGAUUAUCAUUGUUUCUCGCGGUGUCGCUGCUGACACUGAGCUUACUGUCGACUACUCUAACCACUACUGGGAGCAGCUUGACAAGAAAUGCCUAUGUGGUGAAGCUUGUUGCCGCUACUCCAGAUCGGGCAGCGGAUUAG